UUGGCCCAGUGGCCAGUGGUGUGGAUGGUGUCCUUUGAGAAGGCACCAGGACAAGUUAAGAGCAGCGUAUUGGGAAGGUUUAUAACAGGGAAACAUACCAGCAUGCCGUGAAGAGGAACAGAACUACUUCAAAGAUUUUGCACACUCGGACAGGCUCUUGCGCAAGCUGCCCGUCGCCACUUCCUCCUCCUCCUCCACCACCACCGAGCAGGCUAGAUAGCCAACCUUGGAGAGAUCCCUUGUGGAUUUCAUGGAGACGGCAACACUUCUCUCCUCUCAGCUUAGGAGAAGCACUGGCUGGGAUUCCGUCAUGUCCUGCUUCUCCCACGUGUGGCACAUGGAAGUGCCCAACUCUCCUCCCACCAGCCCCACCAGCCCCGUCCCGGCUGCCCCGCACGAGAUCCCCGUCCCCCUCAGCCCCAUCGUGAUCAUGUCUCCCACCUCAGAAGGCCGCCCCCGUGUCUGCUCACCGGUGUGUUCUCCCACCUCCGGGAAGGUUCGCUUGGGCUCCCCCACCUCGCCGCAGCCGGGCUCCCCCAUCGAGUGCUCCAUCUGCUUCAACACCUAUGACAACCUCUUCAAGACGCCCAAGGUCCUCCAGUGCCAACACACCUUCUGCCUGGAGUGCCUGGCCCGCCUGACCGCCACCCUCCCCCCUCACCGAGUCGAGGACCAGCUCCCCUGUCCCUUCUGCCGCCAGAUCACCGAGAUCCCUCUGGAAGGGCCUCCGGGCCUCCAGACGAGCAAGGAACUCUUGGCCACCCUGCCUCCUGAGCUACAGAAGGAGAAAAUGAUCUGGAUGGAGGGCACCCGCCUCUGCUGCAGGCAGUCGUCCGACCCGGAGAGUGCCGAGCCCUGCAUCAGCAUCGACGUUGCCCCCAGCAAACCCGAAAUCCCUGUGGUGCCCCCAGAGAGCUUCAUGAGCAGGCUUGCCCGCUGCGACAUGUGCGAUGACUGGAAACGCAUCAUGCUGCUCUCGGCCUUGAUCAUCAUUCUCUUCUGCAUCAUCCUGUGGCCGGUCCAGUGCGCCCUGAAGACGGGCAACCUCCGCUGCUUCACCAGGACUUACACGCUGAGCAGGCCACACUAUGUGCCACCGCCUCCAACCACCACCCCAGCACCAACGAUGAGCGACAUUCUUGACCUGCUAGGGUGAGCCCCAGAGAGGGAGGAGGGACUGUGUUUCAGUGGGCAGAGCACAUCUUUUGCAUGCAGGAGGUACAUAUUUUGUACCUCCGAGUUGAACAAAACCCUCUUGGCCUGAGACUGUCACAGCGGACAACUCUAGACUCUAGGUGGUCCAACGGCCUGGCUUUCUGAGUUGGGACAUCGGUGCUUUCUGCUCUCUCGACACGCUCGUGCUGCUCUUUUGAGGAACCUCUGGAAACGUUUAAAUAAAGACAUUGCCGUUCCAUACGCCCUGUGGGUUCUGCUGUGUUAACCCAGUUUGUGACUCCCAUGGCAAUGCAGAGAGCAGAGGUGAACCUUUUUGCAAGGUCAACACCUGCUUCUCUGAAGGAUGCCCACCAAAGAGUUACCUGGAAUG